CGGGGGCAGCGGCGUUGGGCGGCCGAGCGGCCCCGGGAGCGCCCGGCGCCGCGCAGAGUAUGAAAUUACUGUUGCAUAUUUUCUUAAGGUCCAGAGCAGAACUAAGUCUUCACGGGAACUCUUUGGUAAUCACCUAUGAAGCUCCUGAUCCUGAAGUUGCACUUUUGCAAUGAAGAAAAGGAGACGGCUCGCUGCAAGUCUAAAUGAAAAGGUUCAUCUUGGCCAUGAGAAAGAUACUUCAGAACAGAUUCUUGUAGUGGACUGUGCGCAAGAAAUUGUCUCCAAGUCUGCAGAAAUAGCUCCUGCAGAUCAGCUCGAAUCUUCCCGAGAACUUUCACCAUCACCAGAGCAAAGAAAGCUCCUAAGCUCAUUGCAAUAUAACAAAAAUCUACUGAAAUACUUAAAUGAUGAUAGACAGAAACAUCCAUCGUUUUGUGAUUUACUCAUAAUUGUAGAAGGAAAAGAAUUUAGUGCUCACAAAGUUGUUGUGGCUGUUGGGAGUAGUUAUUUUCAUGCCUGUUUGAGCAAAAAUCCGAGCACCGAUGUUGUCACGUUAGAUCAUGUAACUCAUUCUGUAUUUCAACAUUUGCUUGAGUUUCUUUACACUUCUGAGUUUUUUGUGUAUAAAAAUGAAAUUCCACUAGUGCUGGAAGCAGCAAAAUUUUUAGAUAUCAUAGAUGCAGUGAAGUUACUAAAUAACGAAAAUGUUUCCAGUGUACAGACUGAUGUGGUUACUGAUGCACCUACACCAGUAGAAACACUCAGUGAACUGACAGGUAAACUGUUAAGUAGUCAUCAGUGCACUUUUUGUGGUCGAAGUUUCUGUUACAAGAAGUCCUUGGAGAAUCAUUUGGCUAAAGCCCACCGCCCCCUUUCCCUGGAACAAAAGCAUGGGUUAAAAAUGGUUGAGAAGGCCAGCUUUUCCACUAGACGCUCCACGAGAAGCCGUAAGUGUCCAGCUAAGUUCGGUAUCAGUGACAAUGAAAGUGGUGAUGCCUCUGACAGCAACUUGGAGAAAGUCAGUUCUGACAAGGACACAUCUGAGAGGAGUGAAUUUGAAGACAGUGAAAGUGAGUCCAACGUGGAUGAAGAUGGGCAGGAAGAGGAAAUGUCGUGUGAAGAUUCGGAAUCUGAAGAACAAAGUGAAAAGGAACAGAAUGAUGCUGAAGAGGGUUCUGAGGCAGUUGACUCAAUGGGGAAUAUUCCUGAAGGCUUAGCUCCAGUCAUCAUUCAGAGCAGUAGCAAAAAGCUACUGCAGUGUCCCAAGUGUGACAAAAAGUUUGAUCGAAUAGGUAAAUACGAGAGCCACACCCGUGUCCACACAGGUGAGAAGCCUUUUGAAUGUGAUAUUUGUCACCAGCGCUACUCCACCAAGUCCAACCUGACCGUGCACAGAAAGAAACACUCCAGUGACACUGACUUCCAUAAGAAGGAGCACAAAUGUCCCUACUGCAAUAAGCUCCAUGCAAGCAAGAAGACCUUAGCGAAGCACGUGAAGAGGUUUCAUCCAGAGAAUGUACAAGAAUUUCUUUCUAUCAAGAAGACCAAGAGUGAAGGUUGGAAAUGUGAUAUUUGUAAGAAAUCUUUCACUCGAAGACCUCACUUAGAAGAGCAUAUGAUCCUUCACUCUCAGGACAAACCCUUCAAAUGUACCUACUGUGAGGAGCAUUUUAAAUCCCGGUUUGCAAGACUGAAACAUCAGGAAAAAUUCCAUCUCGGGCCUUUUCCUUGUGAUAUUUGUGGCCGCCAGUUUAAUGACACAGGGAAUCUGAAACGGCACAUCGAAUGUACUCAUGGGGGAAAGAGGAAAUGGACAUGUUUCAUCUGUGGGAAAUCCGUCAGGGAGCGAACAACUUUGAAAGAACAUCUGAGAAUUCACAGUGGAGAGAAGCCUCAUCUUUGCAGUAUUUGUGGGCAGAGUUUUCGUCAUGGAAGCUCUUACAGACUUCAUCUGAGAGUGCAUCAUGAUGACAAGAGAUAUGAAUGUGAAGAAUGUGGGAAAACGUUUAUUCGGCAUGACCAUCUGACAAAACACAAAAAAAUACAUUCAGGUGAAAAAGCACAUCAGUGUGAGGAAUGUGGAAAAUGCUUUGGCCGUCGAGAUCACCUCACUGUUCAUUAUAAAAGCGUUCAUCUCGGAGAAAAGGUUUGGCAGAAAUAUAAAGCAACGUUUCACCAGUGUGAAGUCUGUAAGAAAGUUUUUAAAGGGAAAUCCAGUUUGGAAAUGCAUUUUAGGACACAUUCAGGUGAGAAGCCCUACAAAUGUCAGAUCUGUAAUCAGUCUUUCAGAAUUAAGAAGACAUUAACAAAACACAUGGUUAUUCAUUCAGAUGCUCGACCCUUUAACUGCCAGCACUGCAAUGCAACAUUUAAACGAAAAGACAAGCUGAAGUAUCACAUUGAUCACGUUCAUGGGUCUAAGGCUGCAGAAGAGGCAUUGGCAUCUUCUCCAGAGGAAAAGCUAGUGUCCUUACCGGUGCAGUACACCUCUGAUGACAAAGUUUACCAAACUGAGGCUAAACAGUACGUGGAACAGUCCAAAGCAUAUCAAUCAGAAGCCAAAAGUUUGCUGCAGAAUGUAUCCCCAGAAGUGUGUGUGCCUGUGACUCUGGUCCCUGUGCCCAUGGCAGAGCCGCAGGCAGAGCUGGUGCAGCACAGCGCUCAGCCCCACGGCCUGCUGCCCCCGCAGCCCGAGCAGCCGGAUUAUCAGCGCGCCACCGAGCUCUCCUUCCUGGAGAAAUACACCCUGACUCCACAGCCUGCAAACAUUGUCCAUCCUGUGAGGCCUGAGCAGAUGCUGGAUCCCAGAGACCAGUCAUAUCUUGGGACUUUACUGGGGCUGGAUACAACUCCCACUGUACAGAAUAUUUCAAACAACGAACAUUCGUGAUCAGACCCUAACAUUCCACCAAAUUUACUAAGCCGUCGGCCGCCAGAAGGCUGAUAUGGCAGUGAGAUUUAUAUUUUAUAUUUUAUUUGGACUCAUCAAGUCUCCUGCAUAGUUUUGGGAAAACAAUUUGUUUACAUAAUAUUUGAACAUUUAGGCACAAUUUGAUGCAUACGGAAGAGUGUUUCUUGUGAUUUUAAGAGUUUUUAAAAAUCUUAUAGAUGGUCUUUUAAAAGUAAUGCUCAGAAAUAUCUUUUAAGGAUAGUGGCUGAAAAUGUAAUUACAUAUCUGGCUAUUAAUUUAUAAAAAUUGUUUGCCUUUCUGCAUCUCACUUUGAGUUAAUGUUUUAAGUGGAAUGGAAAGCAUUCUAAAAGAAUAAGGAGUAUUUAAAAUUCAUAAAAGUUUCUAAGGGCAGGCAGGGCUAUGAAACACAAACUUUGAAUUGUGUUUCACACAGAAAUUAAUAUAUAAUUUUCUUGAACAUGAGGCAUUUUUGGAGGGUUUUAAAGGUGGCUGGACUGUGGAGCCUAGCCAGUGAACAGAGGCACUAGGUUCUUCUGAAAAGUGAUUUGUGAUACUUUAUGAAGACACUAAACAAGGUGUUCAAUGAUCCCCCUGAGUACAAUUAGGCUGCCUAAAUUUGGCCUCUCAGUUCUUCUUUGAUCUCUAAUAUUGAAUAAUUUGGGAAGAGCUAGACAAUGGUAUUGUCAAGUUUCUACACUUAGUUCUAUAUAAUCUUAAGACGCAUUUUUUCUUGCUUUUUCAAUCUUCUUUCUCUUCUAAAGUGUACCCCGCACUCUAACUUUGAAAGAAUGGCAGUAUUUGCAAGGUCAUUUUAAAACAUGAACAGUCACAAAGGGUCAGCAUAGUUGACCCUUGCUAAAGCAGAAAUGAUAUCAGGGUCCCACAUUAAUGUGCCCAUUUUCAGGUUAUCUGUGAUAGAGGAGAAAUUUAAAGACUGUUCCAGAACAGUAUUUAAUUUCUAUUUAAAAAAAAAAAGAAAAUCAGUAAUGCUAAAUCUCUUGUGAGUUGCUAAUUAAAUUGUUUUGUUUCUCACUUUCUUGUACUGUGUUUAUAAACCAAAGUUAAACUCCUGAGAGUAUUUUAUGUCUAAUUAUUUUUAGCUCUUUCUUUACUAGAGAUAAGGGGUUUUUUUCAAAAAAACCCAUUUGGAACUACAAGUCUGGUGUCACCAUGAAAUCUAGUAUAGUUUAACCUCAUCAAGCUUUCUCUUUUAAGUGUACUUUAAAGAUAAUUAUUCUGUGUUUGUUUGGUGAAUAUGAUGCCAAAGAAAGUAUCUGAAGUAACUUUAUAAUCUUCAUAAUUCCUCACAAGAAUUGUAUAAUAAGAUUUCCAUCUUACUAAGAUGAGAAUUAAGAUUGAAAUUUCCCUCCAGUUUUCUGUAUUCUUAAAUUAUUAUCUGAAAGAAUCUUUAAAAUGUGAAACUGGAUAUAUAUGUAUUGUUAUAACUGUUAAAUUUACUCAAUGAGCUGAGCACAAGGGAGUUGUGGUGAUAAGAUGGUUCUCUUAUCACAGUUCUACAAACUCCCAAGUGGCACAGAUCAUUUGAGAUUGUAUUCAGAUACUUUGGUGUUAGAUUCUAUUAAUCAUCUACUUCAGUGUUGAGCAGUUUGCAGGAGAGGGGCCAGAACUGCCUGAAUGUUCAUAUUUUGAAGCUUGUACCCUAAUGGAUUCUUAACCUAAACACACCAAAGAUUUCUGUUAGCUGUUAAAUAGUGGCAGAGUUAUAGAAUUGUGUUACCAAUAUUUAAAUAGGACUUAGCCAAAGAAGCACAAUAGAAGUCCUAAACUUUAAAAGUUCAGUUUCUAAAACAGGACUACAUAUGUUUAACUGUUCUAUGUUUGUAUCUCUAAAGUAAAAUUUAGAGCUGUGCUCUGGGAAUGUUCAGACUGACAUGCUGUAAAUAGAUCUGGGAAGAAGCUGAAGACUAGCAAAUACUCAGCAAUAACAAGGCCAUUGAAUGCCACCUUUUAAAGGACACUAUCAAGUACUACCCUUUCUGCUUUCUAACUCCACCUUUCAUCUUCUUUCAAAAUAAAACUGUUUCUGUCAUCUUCACACUCCAUGGCUUGAAAAUGGCUGGUUUAUGUGUACUUUUCAAGUCUACAUGUGUGUAUCAUAAUUAUACUAUUCAUGUGCACAUGGAA